AUAUAUACACAAAAAACUGAAGGAGAAUUCUUUAUUGUGAUUGCUUUUGAUGUUUUCCCCUUUCAUUUGUUUCACUAGAGUGAUCAUCCAGUGCCAAAAAGAAGGAAGAAAUUGCUACAUGGAUCAAAAAAGAAAGGAUGUAAGGCCAAGAUCAUAAUGAAAGAAGUUCUAAUCUUUCCUGAUUAUAAGCAUUCUCAGCCGUGUUCUACAAACAAUGGAGGAGGAACACACAACAGACCUGCUACUAAUAGCACCUCUGUGGACGACACAACCAUGGUUUCCAGCCCUGCUUCACUUGCUGGUGGACAAACCUGUUCUCCUACCCAACAUACAACGGAUCCUCCACCUAAUCAACAAACCCAACAAGGAGCAUCCUAUCAAGAACCUUCGGCCGACUGCAUGCAGAUUAUCUGGGAUAGACUCGAGGAGAAGGGUAUUUCAAAAGAGUCUGCGGACAGCAUCAUGGGAGCAUGGAGAGAUUCAACCAAAAGACAAUAUGGGGUCCAUCUCCGCAGACGGCUGCUAUUUUGUCGUGAACCACUUUGUUCAUCUGUGAAAAAUGUGAUAGAUUUUUUACAGACAAUGUUUGAUAGAAACCUUAGCUAUAGUUCUAUUAAUACAGCUAAAUCUUGCAUUAGCUCACUGUUAGAGAUAACUGGCUCUAAUAACAUCAUGCAGGACAGUCUGAUUCAAAGAUUUAUGAAAGGUGUGUUCCAUAAAAGACCUACACUACCUCGAUAUUCCAACACCUGGGAUGUUUCUGUAGUACUAGGAUUAUAUACCUCGAAACUUAAACUCCUGUAAAUACUAUCUCUUUUCGUUUACUUUCAUUCAAAUUACUUAUGUUACUGGCUAUACUGUCAAGCCAACGCUGUCAGACAAUUCAUUUGUUCAAUGUAAGUUACUUCUGAAGAUGUGACAAUUAGAGUGACUGAUUUGAUUAAACAGUCACGUCCAGGAUAUUACCUGGAACCUAUCUGUUUGAAAGCUUUCAAACAGAACCAUAAACUGUGCAUUGUGCAGACUAUGUCUGAAUAUCUGAACUGUACAAACAAAAUAUGUGUUGAAGGACAAACUCGGCUAUUUUAGCUGUGAACUCGCCACACCAUCCAGUUUGUAAGCAAACUUUAUCAAAUUGUAUGAAAAAUGUACUCAUGCUAGCAGGUGUAGAUGUGACAGUGUUUAAACCGCAUAGCACAAGAAGUGCGACUGUAUCAGCAGCAAAAACAGCACAGGUUCCCCUAACAGUCAUCAUGAAGAGUGCGGGCUGGUCGAAUGCCCAAAUGUUUCAAAAAUUCUACAAUAAAGAAAUACAAACAGACACAUCAACAAAAUAACCUAGUAGUGUUGAUGGUGGUAUCUUGAAUCGAUACGCGAAUAACAAGUGACUAGUGAGAGACAAAUGUAGUUCUGUACUACUAUCUGAACAAACAUGUAUGUGGUUGUAAAUAUGUUUUGAAUAUAUAAAGCAGUAACAAAAUAUCUUGGAAA